GAACGGGGAGGAUGGGAAAUGGUGCAGCAUCAACGAAGAAAAAACCGCAGCGGCCCUGGGAACGAAAUGAUGCGCCUCACCCAAACAUGUCCAACUGAGGUCUUACUUCGUCGGCAGGCGAGCAGGUAAAUGGCAGGGGGCCGCAGGCAGCAGUGCCCAUCUCUAGCCGGCCAAUGCAGUGUGUAGGGCCUGCUGUCCAGGGCGACGUCAACAUGAACGGGGUGGGGGAGCAGGUGGACAUCCUGCCACCAAACUGCAUGGUGAAGGAGCGCUGGAAAGUGCUCAAGAAGAUAGGGGGAGGUGGUUUUGGGGAAAUCUAUGAAGCACUAGACUUGCUGACCAGGGAAAAUGUGGCACUGAAGGUGGAGUCGGCCCAGCAACCCAAACAAGUGCUCAAGAUGGAGGUGGCUGUUCUGAAGAAACUCCAGGGGAAAAACCAUGUCUGCAAAUUUAUCGGAUGUGGACGAAACGAGAAGUUCAACUACGUGGUUAUGCAACUGCAGGGGAGGAACUUAGCUGAUCUGAGGCGCAGCCAGCCUCGGGGGACCUUCUCCAUGAGCACCACGCUCCGCCUGGGCAAACAGAUCCUGGAGUCCAUAGAGGCCAUUCACUCAGUGGGCUUCCUGCACAGGGACAUUAAGCCUUCCAACUUUGCCAUGGGCCGGCUGCCAUCGACAUAUAGGAAAUGUUACAUGCUAGACUUUGGCCUGGCGAGGCAGUACACCAACACCAGCGGAGAGGUGCGGCCGCCAAGAACGGUGGCAGGAUUCCGGGGGACAGUCCGAUAUGCGUCUGUCAAUGCUCAUAAAAACAAAGAGAUGGGUCGGCAUGACGAUUUGUGGUCCCUGUUUUAUAUGCUGGUGGAGUUCACUGUUGGUCAGUUACCAUGGCGAAAAAUUAAGGAUAAGGAGCAGGUGGGUCAGAUUAAGGAACGCUACGAGCACAAGAUGCUGCUCAAGCACAUGCCGUCGGAGUUCUACAUCUUCUUGGACCACGUGUUGGGGCUAGACUACUAUACCAAACCAGAUUACCAGUUGCUGAUGUCAGUGUUUGAUAUGAGCAUGAAGGACAGGACCAUUACUGAGAACGAGUCGUAUGAUUGGGAGAAAGCAGGGACAGAGCCUAUGCUGUCAACCAGCACGCCUGCCCCACCCCAACAAAACACCAGACCGACUGCUGCAGUGGCAGGAGUGGUCAAUAUAACGCCGGUUCCUGGGGAGCAGCAGCGAGAGAACACAGAUGAUGUCCUGCAGGAUGAGCACCUAAGUGACCAGGAGAACGCCCCGCCCGCCCCAGCACCCAGCAGGCCGAGCGACGCCGCCCAUCCCCCACCCGAGGGAGAGGCCUGGGACGACACGGACUUCAACCGCAACAAACUCAGGAUCAGCAUCAGCAAGACACAGGUGGCUUUGGAGGAGGAGGGUCAAGCAGGAGGGACGGGCUCUGCCGAGGCGAAAGCUCUGGAAUCUCCCAGCGGACAGGCGCGUGCCCUCAGGUUCCGCCGUGUCAACAGCCCCGAGUCUGACCGACUCUCUGGUGCAGAUGGCCGCGCAGAUGCCUAUGACAGACGGUCUCGCAUGGACAUCCUGUGCUCCCCGUCCCGGCUGGUCUACUCCUCGCAGCCAGCCCAGAUGCUCUCGCUGGACGCGGGGCAGGGCGAGCGGCAGGCCAGUGGGCGGCAAGACGCCUCGGUGGACGCCGACCAGGAGGCCCACAGCAAUGCCUUCAUCCACUCGGUGCCGCUGGCCGAGGAGGAGGACUUUGACAGCCGCGAGUGGGUCAUCAUCGACAAGGAGAUGGAGCUGCGCGACUUCCUGCCGGGUGCCGAGCCCACCACCUCGGGCACCACGGACGAGGAGCCCGAGGAGCUGCGUCCGCUGGAGGACCACGAGGGCCGGCGGAGGUGCCACGACGGUGUGGUGCGGCCCAAGACCCACUCGGCCGAGCGGACGCGCUGCAUGAUGGCUCUCAACAACGGGGAGGGAGCGGGGCCCAGCCCCGCCCACUCGCCCUGUCACUCACUGCCUCACACGUGCCCCCGGAGGAGAGAAUCCGAACCGUUUGGUCCUCACAGACAGUUGGAGGAGGACAGGCCACACCCCCAACACUCUUUCCCGAGGCCCGCCCAUUUGAGAAGAUUGGCGUCGUAUGUGUUCUCCUCCAAUUCCAUGGAAGCGGAGCCCUUCCCCCACGACCCCGCCCUGGGCAGCCCGGCCAUUCAGCGCAGCCGCUCGGCCGAGAGCAGCCCCGCCCACCGGCACACCCACCGCCGACACAUGCCCCUGUUGCCAGGCAACCCACGGGCCCGCCACUCUGUGCUCAACCUGUCGCGCCUCCACCUCCAGCAGAUGCUGGCCAAACUCAUGAACAAAACCGCAUGGCCCGGGAGUGUGGCAGACAGCAUCCUGCUGAGGGCUGGUCAGUGCACUUACAGUACAGACAUCCAAGAGGCACAUCCUGAGGUCCCGCCCCCCCAGACGAGGCCGAAGCGAGUGGACUUCCUGUCAGGGGUGCUGAUGUUCGACGUGCCUCGGGAGGAGGGUCAAGAGGGCCCGGGCUCUGGCAGCGAGGGCAGUCCCAAGAGCAGCGAGGGGAGCCCGGAGAACGCCGCGUCCACCCUGAUGGCCCCCGCGCACAACAAGGAGCACGACCAGGAGGACGCUUCACGCACCCUGGUGCUGGCCUCGCCGGCCAACGGCCUGGCCUCCCCCGGCGACGGGCAGGGCACGUUCACCGCGCUGACGCCACAGAGUGAGCGGCCGCCACCACAGCCGGACGAGGCCGAACCCGGAACGCUGCCGUUCACCAUCAUCAGGUCCGAGCCCCGGCCCAUCAUCGCCAUGCCGACCGUCAGCAUGGUGUCCAGUUCAGGAGGCACGUCCUCGCCGCCGUUCACCAAGGUGGAGCGCACCUUCAUCCACAUCGCCGAGACGUCGCACCUGAACGUCAUGACGGCCAGACAGCAGCACCCCAGCUCCCACGAGGAGGCAGCGCCGGAGCCCAGCCAAUCAGAGAGCGCCAAAGAAGAGGAGGACGAGGAUGAGGAGGGGAGAGAGGAGAUGAAGGGUGAGAGCGAAGGCGAGGAGGAGGAGAGCAAAAAGGAGAAAUUAGAGGAGGAGGAUAGAGAUGAAGAAAGCCCACAGAGUGAGGAAGAGGAAGACAGAGUUGAUGACUCAGAAAAACAUGAAGACAUUCCGUGUGAUGCAGUGAUCCUAGAGGAGGAAGCGUCAGAGAAAGGAGUGAAAAAGAGUGAGAAGGAGGGAGAGAGCGAGAGCGACAAAAGUGCUGAGAGCAAGGAAGAAUGCAGAGAGAGCAUCUCGGCUUCGCAGGAGGCAGAACAUGAGCACAUGCCUGAGGCAGCUGUCCAAUCAGAAGCUUCCAUUCGAAAUGCAAAAGAAGCCGUUGUGCAGAACAUUCUAGAAGCCGGUGGGGAAACUGAUUUAGAGGCAGCGCCGUGUGUUCAGCAGGAAGAGGAUGCUGAUCAGGAAAAGGUGUGUGAAGUCCUCGCUGCUGAUGCAGAGACAGGGGAGGAGAUGAAGGAAGAGGCGGGCCUGGAGGGUGAAACACCACCUGUGAUUGGUGCUGAGACAAAAGGGGAGGAGCUUGAGACCAACGCUCCAACCAGCCGUCAGCGCCGGAGUCGGAUUCCGGUGCCCGUGUCAGAGGAGGAGAGCGGCUCGGACCGGUCGAUUCCGAGGGGCCCUGGCUCCCCGCACCACCUGAAGACCAGACGCCCCCACCUGGCUCGGCUGGUCCUGGAGCGCCGACAGAGCAGCCACAGACCGCCCGGUGUGCCCUCCUCCCCGAGCCGGUCCACCACGGCCUCCGAGGACGACACACACCAGUCGGACGAGUCCGUGAGGGAGAGGGGCAGGCCACGGGCGGCGGAGGGCCAGAAGAGGAGCAGGAUCCCCAGGCUGGUGACGCCGGUCAGGAAACCCCCGUUGGCCCCAGUGACCACUCCCGCUGCACCCCUACACCCCCAGACAACAAAAGCAACCUCCUCUCUGCGCAGGCUUCGGAAGGCAUCCAGCAUGGGCUCCUCGUCGCCCAGGUCCGAGCCCUGUCCCUCUGCGGCUCCACAGAGCCGUCCCCUCUCUACGGCAGGCCCCACCCUGCUCCGUGGGAACCGCAGCGGCCCUCGCGGGACCCCCCGGGCCCCGGGCUCCCCGUCGGCCGCGCGCAGCAUGAGCACCUCCCCGCGUAGUUACUCCACCUCCCGCACCGACAGCCCCUCCCCUCAGCACCACAGACGCCCGCCGGCCGCCGGCGAGAGGAGGAGGCAGCCUGCAGCGCCCGUGCGCCCCACCUCCACGCCCCCGCCCAAAACCAGAACCCAGGAGCCCGUCUCCAAGAGGACCAGGCCACUCGCCUGUGCGGCCACGCCCGCUAAAGGGAAGCGAGAGACGUCCGAGGGGAAACCUUCCGGUAGAUAAUAGCCUCACACCUAGCCAUACGCUACCCACAAGACAUCUGCAUUACCACAACAACAAUUGGGCAAAGGCCCA